GUCUCUCCCGCCUUACGUAGCAGUGCGUGUGGGCGCCCUCUUCGUGAGUGCCAGUGGCCCCGCGGCCUGGUGGGGGUCGGCCGUUGGGAGCUGGAGGGGCGGGGUUAGGUCCGGCUGCUGCGUUCCGCUCGCCUCGGCCCUGUCCCCGCAGCCUGCCCAGUGUAGUUAGAGCGGGCCCAGGGGUGUAAGAACCCGUUUUGUAAGGACCGCUUCGUAUCAGGUUUGUUUAUAAUGUAUCUGCACCUGAAGAAAUAGAAAGUGGUUUUAUACGAUGCUGACUAACACCAUAGGACAUCAUUUAAUGGUAUAUCAAGCAAUGAUUCCAAGAAGCCUGAAGCCAUUUUCCUAUAUCUGCGGCAAUAGAAUGUUGUCAGGCUACAAACCUAAAGGGAAUGUCAAGGACUCUUACAAAAUUCUUGAGCUUGAGGAAGGAUGUUCACUCGAUGAUAUCAGAAAUUCGUAUCGAAGUCUUGCCAAAAAAUACCAUCCGGACAGCGGUUCCAUCACAGCAGAUUCUGCAGCAUUUGUGAAAGUAGAAGAAGCGUACAGAGUUGUGCUUAAUGAUGUGGCGAACAAAAAGAAACCCACUGAGAAUAAGGAAGAGGAGGAGGAAGACCAGCUCAAAUCAAACGCGCCACAGCAUAGACACUACUUGAGUUUUGAAGGUGUUGGUUAUGGAACACCAAGCCAAAGGGAAAAGCAGUACAUGCAGUUCAGAGUAGACCGUGCUACUGAGCAAGUGUUGGCAUACCGAACGCGGAGACUUGAAAACCAGUAUGUUGCAACGGACCUUAUGAGAGCCAAGGAUGUGAGACAGAGCAAAAAAGUGAAGAUAACUCAGGCAGUUGAACGGUUGGUCGAGGACCUCAUCCAGGAAUCAAUGGCAAAAGGAGAUUUCGACAACCUCAGCGGGAAAGGAAAACCUUUGCAGAAGUUUUCGGAUUGUCCGCAUAUCGAUCCCAUGACUCACAACCUGAACAGGAUUCUGAUAGACAACGGAUACCAGCCGGAGUGGAUCCUCUUGCAGAAAGAAAUCCGGGAAACGAUCGAGCGAUUAAGAAAGAGCUUAGUGCUAUCCAGGAGUAAGCUCGGAGAGCCAAUGACACCGUAUAGGCAAAAGGAAUGGAAUCACAUCUGUGAGCAGUUCGUGGAAGAUGUCAGGAAGUUAAACAAAAGAAUUGACAGCUUCAAUUUAGUUGUUCCUAUUCUGAGCAGACAAAUGGUGCACUUCAGUGCAGACAAAGAAAUCAUUCGAGCACAAAAGACUUACGAAGCUUCGGUGGAAAGCGCAGAGGCUUCCAUGGAAAACACGGAGGCUUCUGGUUCAGACACAAAGGAAAACAAAGGGGAAGGUGUUAAACGGUUUGGGUGGAAGUCUUCUCUACUGAAGUGGUUAAGUACUACAUCGAAAUAAGAUCAUAUUAGCUCACCUCUCUUGUCAAGUUUUUGAAUGCACUUUAUAACUAAAACCUGUAGCAUGAAAGAAAUUUCAGAUUCACUGAAAAUGUAAAAUCCACCUGGCUGUUAUUGAAAGGAAUUGGGGUGUCUGAUGUUCACUUGUGGGUAAUUAAUUCUUUGUGAAUGCUGCUAAGGAACAAGUGAAUUCAGUUCUCCUAUUGCAGCCCAUUUUCCCUUCUGCUUAAAUCAAAAUUAGUGCUUAACUUUUCGGUGUAUAACUUAAUGAUUUGUACAAUGCUGUUAUUUCUGUAACAUGAAACCGACGCCUAAGUAAAGCACUGUAAGGACAAAGUGGAAGUAAAAGUCUGGCUGUGCCCUUUACUUUGACCUUUAUCCUUCCUUGUUUAAAUGUCCUUUGGCAUAGCAGGCUGAGAAAGAUCAGGUUUUAAUUCUCAUUAUGUUCCACGGGAAUUGGAUGUGAAUUGCUGUUUAAAUGAAUGCAGUGACCGAUGUGAAAAGAACUAAUUGUAAGUUGGAUUCGUUGCACGAGCGUAAAUAGGAACCAGAUUCCAAUAAAUCCGACUCUGAUGGAAUCCAUUUUGGCUCUCCAUGAAGAUACGUAUCAGCAGUUUAAAUACUGAAGUUGCCAUAAUGGAUGAGUCAGCAUUCGGAAUGGCUUUUGUGUACUUUUUAAAGCUACUUGGUUGUAAUGGAACAGAUGAGACCUGAUUCUCGGCACUUACAGCCAGCCUUGUGCCUGUAGCAUGAAAAGCUGCCAGGUGCAAAAGCCACUUUUUCAAUAAUUAUAAUGACA